AUGUUUCAAGAGAUUUUGGACUUUGCCUUAAGCUUUGUUGGCAUUCAUGUUGAAAAUGAAGGAUGCACAUUAGCUGAACUUGGAGAGUUCUUAGACAAUGACGUUUUCCCAUUUUGCGGCUGGUCUGGCAAUCGUACCUUGCGAAACAGUGUCGUGCGGCUUUUGGUCAACGAGUUCAGCCCCAAGGAGAUAACGCUUACCCUGCAUAGCCCCCAUCCGUCUGACUCUUUGGUGCACUCCGUCGUGAAGCAAAAUAAGCAAAGCCAUGAACUUCAAAAAAAUAGUGAGUCUCUGAAACCUAAAGGGAGCAUGAAUGCAAAGCAAGAGCGCAAUGCCAACGCCACAUACGAAAUGGGUUCUGAAAUUCCUUCACGGAAAAGCUUGACCCCGUCUGAACUGAUUCACAUUCUCAACGAAGAACACACAUUGUGGGAAGACACCUCUCCCGGAUCAAUAUCUCGUCUUGUGCAUAUUUGCCCUUCCCUUGAGUUAUGUGAAAAAGUCCUCGGUGUCCCCAUUCGCACCUUCUCAGAUCGGCAGACCCUGAGCUAUGUCUCGGAGAACGCACUCCUCGGGUGUGACAGAGUCAUUGUGAAGACUAAGCUUGCAUCAAAAUAUAAACAACACACUCUAACGACUGGACUGUCCCGGAUGUGCCGUAAUCAGGUACUCUCUGUGUAUUAUCUUAUGGAUGAUAAGACACAUGAACUGACGUGUCGGUAUUUUCCGUGGUACGCCGCACCUCUGACUGAACUGGAAAAGAAAGAGCUAAGCACGUCCUCUGCACAUUAUUCCGUCGACAAAAACGGUUGGAAACCUGGAGGUAACCUCACACCUCAGUGGCUAAUACAUCAAUGUAACAAAAAAGGCAAUCAACCAAUCAAACAUUAUUUCUGGCGUAUGCGUCAAAACAACUCACAGUUUCCAGACUACGUUUUCGAUCUUAAAGCAGUCAAGCAUGCCGUUAGGUCGUCACCAGAGAGGAAACUCCUAUAUCAAGACGCGAUCCACACCAUCUCUAUGGUGCAUGGUUUGCACCCGCAUCAACUUAACGAGUUCAAUAAAACCAAUCGAAUGCGCUUGCGCCGCAUGCUCAUAGCGGCAGGCCUGCGCAUCGUAGUGGUCACAAUUUCUGUGCGUAACCGUCAGCGGGAGGUCUCCAUUGUUAUCCCAGAAGAGGAUUUCUACAAAUUUGCGCUGAGCAAUAUGGGUGCCCUUAAAAAGGUGAAGACAGAAGAAAGUGAAGUCCUGUCUUCGGUUUCUCGCGAAAUAAAAAAAGAAAAUGCUGAAGAUGGAGACAAAGAUGCGACAGAGACUGGAGCAGAAAUUUUGAAUGAAACCGCGGAAAGUUCACUACUAAUGCAACAGAGCAGCUUGGCGAUUGACGCCGGGGACGGGGAAAGCGACACCAGCAGCCGCAGUAUCAGCGCCUCUGACUCCGAUGAUGAGAAUGCAAACACAUCGAAAAUGAGUGGUGUACAUUCUAAGAAGGAGCUCCUGGAAAUGAAUGAGACACGGAAACGGUCUGAAAUAGCAACAAGAACACUUCGCAUAUCACCUGACUGGCCCUUUGACCUGCAGUUUGCCAAGGAAGCCGAAAGGCGUCCAAUUGCGAUCGUAGCAGCUUACCCACGGAUGGUGUUUUACCCAAAUGAGAAGUCGCGCAUUAAGUCCUUGUGUCUUUAUAUGACAAACUAUCUCAAGCGUGGCACAUUGGAGACGUACUACACGCUUACAGGGCACAAUAAAUGCUUCACGCUGGUGUAUGCCCCCAAGACGGAGCCCCCUAACAGCGUGUCAGGCGCAGGGCUUGACGGGGAAGUGACCGAAGGCACUCAACUUCCCGCAGGGACAUCACAAUACGCCAUCGAUGUCGUUCUUGACGCGCUGAAGGCCUCCCCGUAUAAGGCUCUCGCUAUUCGAGAUUUUGCCGAUUUUAUUGACAUUAGAGCAUUGCAGCGUCGCGUGUUACCCUAUCUGCGAUCGACCAACCGCGUCACAACGACGGGAAUUACGCUGAAGAGCAAGGAGCGUGCGGGAAUUGUGGUGCUGGCCGGGACAACCCUGACUGAGGACGAAAAGUACGCCGUUGUGAAGGCCUGUCGAGAAGCAACUCGCCAACCGGUAGUUCCAGGAGAACACACGCAGCGCGCCAUUGCUCAGACUUAUGGGCGACGACUCAAACUGGAUGUGUUACUGCCCAAUAUACCUGCUACAGGAGACGGGGUAGAAAAAUCGGAGGCGCAUAUGUAUCUCAGCAAUUCGAACUCCCGCAUGAUCACCAUGGCGCGUAAGAUAAUGACUAUACGCAACGGCUACGCACUUAAUCCGCUGUAUCGUGCCGGGCGUUUGCACCUGGAGCUGUGGAAACAGUGGCAUGGCGGUGUCUAUCAACGUGACAGCGGCUCCGCCAAUGAUGCGACAAUGUGUUCCAUGAAUGUGCAAGACAUAUACGACAACAUGUCGCUGAGUACAUUUUGUAUUGUAAUAGGGUUUGCUGCGUUAGAUCUUACUGCAGUUCUGGCUGAACACCGUGGUCGCGACACUCAUUCCACCUCAGGAGGCGUCUCAUGGGCGACUCCUCUUCGUCUACUUCCCCCAAGCGUGCACAAGGUUUGUCAAGAGCAAGGGAUUCAACCACUACUUCACAGUCUCAGCGUUCUACAGAGCCACGGACUGAUUGUAAGCGACGAAGUACUCGAUUGCUUUGUAACCAAAAAGCUAAGGGAUAUCACAAUUGCUCUAGAGUGUCAUGCUACCGACCCAGUCAGGCGGAACACUAUCGUUUUACAUGACCGUACGCGCUACACACCAUCCAUGACUAUGUGCGCCGUCCUAAGGUACUGGCUUCCCGUGUGGGGUAGGAGCGUCAAACACGCGGUCAUCCUCCGUAUGUCUGAGCUUUAUGAGUCCGAAUCGAAUCCUACAAUUGAGACCCUGAUCGCUUUGACCCGUCGGAUGCGCUUUAAUGUCUGCGUCCUCGCCGAAUCCUUUUACCAGAGUUGUGGAAUGAAUAGAUCGCUUUUAGGUAACACGCUUUCUCAGGAAUCUCGAAAGGACGCGAAGACACAACUCUCAUCGGACCUACUCCAGCAUGACGGUCGUGGGCGACGAGGUCCCACUCGUCGGGCUAUGGUUACCCGCAGAGACACCUCGGGUGCUACGUUGGCGAAGGACCUCGCUAGUGUUCUCACCUCACCGCUGCCUCAUAGGCGCCUGCGGAGUAUACUGCAUUUCCUUAAGCGGCUUAGUCGUGCGCAUCUCUCAGUCCUUCCAACAGGUCUCCCAUCCCUGCAUGAUGCCUCCCUGACCUCCCUGCAACAUCACGCCUUCUGUGUAAAUCCCUAUGCCAAUCACGGCGUUGUACAUCUCUGCGCUCUUGGGGAGGCUUUGCAGCACGUGUUGCAGCGUUUCAUGCCACGCAGCGAUAGCUCAACUAGAGUUGCUCUCUCAUCUCUUACGAGGAGCUUCCGCAAGUGUAUUAACUUGGUCUUCAGUCCAGAUGUCUCCUUCCCCUACAUGGGGCCUUUGAUAGAUUUGCCAUGCACGCAAAGCUCCCUGGCGUCAGAUGAUAUGGACCUCCAACGUACUAAAACCCCACCACUGCCGGAAUUGAUGGAGGCCUCGGACUACGAGGAAGUGAUGUUGGACUCACUUCGUAUGAUCCUGCUCUCGGACGCGGCGCAUUACAGUUCAGCCAUUGCCAGGGAGCUUGUGUUGGCCUUUCCUGCGAAACUCGUUGCGCGCAGCCGCAACUACCUUCAAAAGGAACCCUCCUUCAACCAAGGCUGCUGGAAGCGUUCGCACCGCAUUCCCGAACUGGCAUUGUCCGCACGGCCGUUUCUUUUCACACCGCACUUAACUCGUUCGGCACCGAGGCCGUGCGCAAAUACGGCACUGAUUCAUGGUUGGGUUGCCAGCCUCCACGACACGAUCAACAGCGUCUCGGUUGGCGCGAUCAGGCGUGAAUUUCAACUGGAUUUGUCAAACUCUUCGUUAUCUAAGCCUCAUUUUGAUAUCAUCGUCGCUUCCCAGCCCGUGAUGGAUGUUAAAGAAAUUCUUUUGCUAGCUCGCGAGGAUGACUCGAUGGCGACGUUGCGGAUUCCUUCACUGAUUUGGCCAGCCAAUGCUCGGAUGCUAGAACAGGGUGUUCGCGGUGGACGUCCCGCAAGCCUCGAAAAUGGUGCUAGGAAACGACGAAAGCGACAGCGUGAAGAGUAUGAUGAUAUCGACAGUAAUGUAAUGGACGAAGACAUCGAAGGUAAGUUUGUCGAAGACGAAGAAAACGCCGCUCAUAUCGAGGCUCCGACAGAAUCAUUCGCUAACAAUCCUAACGUUGCUGCAUCGGCGACCCUUUACCCCGCCAGAACUUUAGUAAGGUGUAAUAGGAGCGAUGCAGUCCUGGCGGAUCGCAUCCCAACCGAUCCAGAGCCUACGGCUGAGGAGACUGCGAUGGUAAAGAAAAAUAUUGCACGCAUUGCGUCUGUGAAGGGAGAACCACAAGGCUCGUUCUCAUUGAGCAUUGGACGAGAUAAAAGCGAAGCGGCGUAUCCCCUUGCCUAUCCAAGUGUGUUUCAUCACGUGGAUGGCGCCUUCCAUGUAUUUGUGUGGAAACUCUUUCUGCUUUCCAUCUACCGCUACGUACUCUACGUGCCAGGUGUCUUAUACACAGCCUUACGGAAGCGGGCGAUGGCGAGUGGGCUCAUUAGUCGCCGCGCUCUAGAUGCAGCACUCCAAUAUCUCGUUGACAGCACUGUACUCGUGUGUAAAAGAGUUCUGACGGCUGCAGGUGACGCUGAGAACUGCUACAUCACUACAACCCGUCCAGAGGGUUUAUGGGAUAUAAUUAAUCUCAACUAA